GGUAAAAUGCCACGUCCGCCACAAUCACGUAAUAUAUGAUUUUCCGUACACCUUACCAAGAGUAUUAACGAAAUGCAGUUGUAGAAAUUAUAUUUAAGUUCGCAGGUUCGGGUUUUGACGCGCUAUUAUGCAUUGCGACACAUCUGGCGUGGCGUUUCAACGUUCGUGCGCGGACAAUGCCGUUUGCCUUGGUGAAAAUCGGAGUGCGGGAAUAUCGUGGUCGAAGGUGGGAAUAUUUAUUCCAUUUCCAAACUCCGUGACUCAGAUACAUCUACGCUGGUCAUCUUUGAUCUCGGUGACGCAUGUUUUGUAUACGCAUAUUAUGUAACACUAAUUAUUUAAAAGAUGGGUCCCAUUGCAGCGACCUCCACGUGGUGGACCUGGGGAAUCGAUGGUUCCUGAGAUUCAUGGAGUAAAGGAAGCAUCGAUUCGUGAAUUGGCUGCUGAAAUGAUUAUCAAAAUGGUAACCGACUAUAGUGCUUUCCUUUCAGUCCUAUAUCGGGCCGUUGAUGUCGGUUUUGCAGUACGGCCUUUGUAAAGUAGGCCGUGAUUUCUAUGUUUUGUCGGCCGGUAGUUGGCAGCACGGUUCGGCGUCCGGCAUGGGGAAGGGGAAGUCGCUGGCGGCCUCUGCCGGAGGAGCGGCAGGAAGCCAAACUACGCGUUACAUUGCUGUCGAAAAUGGCGUCGCGCUCGGAGCUGCCAGAAUAUUCGUCUCCCGCAAAACGUCGGAAGGUCGAUCGUGAGGCAUACGGAUCGUCGCCCGAUGCGGAACUCGAUUAUCGGAGCAGCGAGGAGUCCCGCGAGUCGCCGCGCGAGGAUCUCGAAGAAACCUUGGGAGGUGAUAGCGGGUUUACCGAGCUAAGCGACGGUUCGAAAUCAAUGUCCACCACUUCUUAUGUAAGAAAUUCAUCCUCAACGCCAACCCGAGCAGAUUCCACAAGUGACGAUACUGGUUGUCCAUUGGAUACAGCAGAUGAGAAAGACGAAGUAUCAUCUACCGUCUCCAACUUGUCUGACUUAUCUGGAUUGUCAGAACUCUCUGGAGAAGGUGAUAGUGGUCAUCAGUGGAGAAGUGCUUCCUCCUGGAUUCAGAAACAAAUGUUAACUGGUGCCGAUCCAAGGGAUCUUCUCCAUCAUCUCCUCAUGGAUUCUACACAGAUUCCAGAUCAAGUCGACGACUUGUCCUUGUGGAAGAUCGUGGUUAAUAUGAUGUCUGAGCCACCAAGACGGCAAAAGCUUAGACAUGUAAAUACGUUGACGGACGUUGUUAGGUUAAUAAAAAAUAGUAAGAAAAUCAUAGUGCUUACUGGAGCUGGUGUGAGCGUUAGCUGUGGAAUUCCAGACUUUCGAAGCAGGGAUGGCAUUUACUCGAGACUGGCACAGGACUUUCCGGAUUUGCCUGAUCCUCAGGCUAUGUUUGAUAUUAAUUACUUUGGACAAGAUCCACGACCUUUUUUCAAGUUUGCACGUGAAAUAUAUCCGGGACAGUUUAAACCCAGUCCCUGUCACAGGUUUAUAAAAAUGUUGGACAAGCAAAAACAGCUUUUGAGGAACUAUUCCCAGAACAUCGACACUUUAGAACAAGUGGCAGGAAUAGAGAAUGUUAUCGAAUGUCAUGGCUCCUUUGCAACAGCGUCGUGUACGAGGUGUAAAUACCAAGUCAAGGCAGAUGACAUCAGAGAGGAUAUAUUUGCCCAGAGGAUACCCAUCUGCCCAAAGUGUAGAAAUAACGCACUACCUUCAAUGACGGCAAUUAACACAAACGAGUGCUACAGAGAUCUGGUAUCUCAAGGCAUCAUGAAACCGGAUAUCGUGUUCUUUGGAGAAGGCCUUCCGGAUGCUUUCCACGAUGCAAUGGCUAAAGACAAGGACGACUGCGAUUUGCUCAUCGUCAUAGGUUCUUCGCUGAAAGUUCGACCAGUCGCCCUUAUUCCUUCUUCCAUUCCACCUCAUGUCCCACAGAUUCUCAUUAACAGAGAAUCACUGCCGCAUUUGAAGUUCGAUGUUGAGCUGCUGGGCGAUGGCGAUGUUAUAAUCAACCAAAUUUGUCACCUGAUGGGAGAUUGUUACACGGACAUCUGCUGGCAGAAUACGAUCUUGAAGGAGGCUUCUCAACUUCUGCCACCUCGAUUCACAAACGACGAUUCCUGGGAACAGAGUCAAGACACAGCCACCAAUCAUGACUGUUCGCAAGACAGCGUGGAGGUACAACUGAAACCUCGCAACGUGUCAUCGGAGAGCCAGGAUAGUCUGAUGAUCGACGCCAAUACGAUGCCUAAGCAGAUGGAGAAUACGGACAUUUGCAUCUCGCCAUUCCACGCCGGUCACAUGGAAAGCGGUGAAGGAACCUUCGCGUUAUUAGGGGAGAGCCCUAAAAGAAGAUUGGGCGACUCCAGUGCCGAAAGCAGCCCUAAGAGAAUGCAUUUCGGAGGCAACAGUCCAGCCACGGACUCCGUUGACUCCUCUUCCCGGUCGCCUAACAAUACGGACCGCGGAUGCAAUCUCGUGACUCGCGGCAGACGAGUCAUUUCCGUCGAGUCGGUAUCCGAAAACAAUGGGCAGAUCAUGCAUUUAGAGGAAUGUCACGUCGUCCCGAAGGUGUUGGACCUCCGAUCGAACGACACGUUGUCGGAUCCGACGGUGGAGCUGGAAUGCGUUGUAGCGGACUCGACGGUCAAGACCAGUGAAUCCCUCGACACUGAUAAGCUAGGGCUAAAACCGCGACACGCUUCCAUUGACUCGGCGUUGGAUUCUGGAAUAGGGGACAGUUGCAAUAGCGUCGACAGCACCGAUGGAAAACUCGGCACUGUGGUGGUCGAAGCCGAGGAUACGAAAAUUCAAGAAUUGGAUAGGAAUUGUUGGCUGCCGAAGAUCAGGGAGAGCCUGGCUGCGAGAUUACCUGGGAACUCGUACUAUCAGAUGGCACCUGGCAGAUACAUUUUCCCGGGAGCAGAGAUUUAUCCCAAUCCUGAGGACUACGACAGGUGUUCCUUGUACGCCAACUCCGAGAGCUCGGACACCGACAGCGACUCUACGUCCGAGGAGGAAGAAGAGACAUGCGCCGACGAUGACUUUUCGGAAGGCGUAGACGCUGACGCCGACGCCGAGAGCGAAGAGGUGGAAUGGUCGAGCAAUCCCUCCAACGAGAUACAGCGUUAAGGUUUGCCAAUACUCGGGAUGAAUAGUUAAUUUCUCCGGUGCUGACACUUGGUCUGAUUUUUGUCAGAGAGCGACAAAAUCCCUGAGGUAUCGGCAAGUAACGCCCGGAAGAGGUUCGAUCGUUCCGGUCGAGAAUAGACGGACUCCUAAGGAGCUGAUGCAGGUCGGGCCCCCGCUUCGUAAGCUGGGAUGACGAGAGAGGAGUCAGAGUUAAAGGGAGGAAUAAGUUGACAAAUCAGAGUCCACUUUGAAAUUAAACCUAUCGGUAAAAGAAUCUGAAUAACGGUGUUCUUUUAGUUCGGUUAGGUGGUAAGAUGGUACAGCAGUCAUCCUAGAUUAUCGUCAAACUCGGCGUGUCCCGUUUUGGGAUACCAUAGCCGUCAAUUUGUCGGAACAAAGGACUGACGCGAUAGUUGACACGAGUCCAUGCAGUUCGACGGUUUAGGAUAGCUAAGCGGUCGCUCAACGUGGAUCUAACGCCGCGUUUCCGGUACUUGGAAGCACGAGCGAUUAGCGGAGGAUGUGGUUAUCCAAUGCAGUUACGACCGAGACCAGAAUGGCCCUCCUUUGUCGGGGCAGCAAUUUAUCUCGAGUCGUCGGUCUCCUUCACCGAGUCGAUUAGAUGCAAUACGUAAGGAAUAGUCGUGUAGAUAUGCUCGUGAAAGUCAUCAGGCAUGGAGUGACGUUGCAGAGUAAUGAUCUCAAGGAUGACGCUCGAGGUAGACCGAUGCAGGGUUGAACCAUACCGAUCGGAGUGGGCCAUUCUCCCGGACCAAAGUAGUACGUGCAGUUUCGGAGAGCUUCGUUAUAUUUAUAACAUUAACGGUCUUAAAUUCACGCCGAGGUGGAGAGAGCUCACGGACGAUCUUUCCGUGGUAACGCGCCGCACCUUUAUUCAUAUACGUGAACGUCUGUACAUACCGGUUUGCUAAGAGAUAUUUCUUUUUUAUUCGCCGGCGUGCGUGAUGCACACGCCGCUAGGAAGUAAGACACAUUUAUUUCAUCCAUUAUAACGUUACUAUAUAUACCGUCGAAGCGCAUAUUAUAACCCGUUUAAUAAGUUGAGCUACUAAGGUCUUAGUACGCCCUAGCGAGGACCUGGUAUAGUACUAUUUUACACUAUCCAAAUCGCCCCUUCUUAGUUAGGGGUGUGCGAGAUGCGUGCCAGUAGGUCAGGGUGUCUCUUCGAGAGAAUGUCGAGGAUGCUCUUCAGGGUGGAACAUCGCACCAGAAGCGAGCCUCUGGCACGAGGGAUAGGUUUCGCAUAGUAUCGCCAUCUUUCGUAUCCUAUUAUCCGAAUGAAAUCUUAGGUAAUAAUUCUACUUGUUCGAAGGAUCGUACUCGACCGUGGAAGCACGAAAAUCGCGAAAAUCGCGACGCCCUUCUCGCCAAGUCGAGGACUGAGAUUAGGGCGCGAAACGUAAGCACGAGAUGAGAUGUCUAGAUCGUAGAUCGUAGAUGGUUGAAUUUUUCGCGCUUCCCGUUUUCUUUCAUAAGUGCGGCCAACAAUCAGAAAACUAAGGAACAAUUGAAAGGCUGCAGAGUGUAUAUGGAUUAAAGUCAAUUGGUUUUGAAAGACCUUAAAAGGAGCGUAUCUUACUUUCGGUCGCUGUUUUCUUUCUUUCUUUUUUUUUUUUAUACCACGAUGAAAAGAGAUGCGAGUAAUACAACUUUUUAUUCUCCUCAAGAGGUUUUCACCCUUACAGUGAAUUACUAAGUGGUUUUCUUUUUCUCACAACACAAUUGAUUCACCGACUCUUUGAAUUUUACGUGGAAAAUUGAACACCGUCAAACGAAAUCUAUUUAAAUCUGGCGGAAAGUAGAACGAUCGGAUCAGUUUUGUAUUUAAAUUAAUUUUUUUUUUAUUUGCUGUUCUUUUGUCUUCAGAGAAAUGAAUUUUGUACAUAUCUCGAGGGGGUCAAUCGGUGGGCGUUGCUCGUGAUUGAUCGCGAACAAAUGUAUUACUUUUGUAUUUUUUAGAUGUCACGAUGUGUCGGGUUUACGCCAUGCUAUUAUCAGAGAGGGUGAACGAUCCGGAUCCACUUUCUUGGACACGUCUUGCAAAGACCGACCUUUACCGCGGACCGUUUGAAACGAUACUUCUAUUAUACUUUUAAGCUUUAGCAAUAGCCAUUUUUGUACACAGGCACAAUUAGUUGAUAAUGGUUUGGCAAUGACUUUAGGUUCGUUAAGUUCGAUUUUCAGUUUCAUUGGAGCACGGGCGAAUGUACAAAGCAAUGUUGGAUAGCUUCGCAUUGCGUGUUAUUUUUAUAUGGGCGAAAAGAAAGAGCGGGAGAGAGAGAAAAAGAGAGAGUGAGAGAGUGACAGAACAAUUAUUGUGUAGAAAUUAAAAGGAGAAUUAGGGAUUGCAACAAGGCGACGGUGAGUCGUGGUUUAAAGACCAUAGAAAAAUAGAAAAGAAAAAAAGAAACGAGUCUUUGAGUUAAGGAUUUGGAGAGAAAUUUGGCCGGCGAAAAUCACGGAAGAAAAAAAAAAAGAGAAACAAACGAUCUCUCGAUUCUAGUCCUCGUGCGUCGGUGGACCUCGAAGACUAGCAUUCUCAAGAGAAAUUGGAGAAUAUACGUAUUGGUCUCUUCUUUUUUUUUUUCCCCCUUCAGUUUACGCUGGCAAAAUUUGGGCGUAACCCGAAUCUCGAACUCAAAGGCCGCAUUAUCUCCUGGGCAGUCAUUAUUAUGUUGUAAAUACGCAAUAAUCAACGGAAAGACCGACCUCCCGCCAGCCUCGUUGCUCUGUAGAUUUACUCGUAAGGUACAAUGAGGUUGUGUGCAAGUAUAAACCAAUAUAUUACCAAUAAUACGGAAGAUUACGCGACGGAUCCUAAGUAUCGAUCGCUGUAAGGCAGAGGUAAACGGAUGCGAAAUUUCGACAGUUUCGACUAGUUACGCGAGAUUAUUAGGCUUACAAGAAACUUAGGAUAUAUAUACGAGGAUAUGUCGCGGCGCCGUCCGAACGGGAUUGCGCGACGUUUCUUAUUUGCUGCGUUUUAAUUAUUUCCCCCGUGAGAGCCGCCUGUUAAUUAACGGGAGGAGAGCUCCUAGGGGGCGAAUAAGAGAACGCAAACGGCGGAAAAUGAAAUGCGGAUGCGGGAUAUCGAUUGCCGUGGGUUUACGACCCGUCGUCUGGAGAAAAUUUCGGUUCCUCGCGAGGGUAACCGCGUUUUAUACGACUAGACGUUAAUUAAAGACGCGUCUCUGCUUUGUACAAAUGGCUUUAUUUAUCUUCGUUACGCGGAUUGACUUAUGCAAAGGAUGCAGGCUAGGUAUUAUAUAUUAUAUUAUAUACUGUAAUUCUCCCCGCCCCCCUCUUUUUUUUUACUACUCUCUUAUUAUCUAUUCCCUUAUUUAUUUGAAACGUCCGAAGAAGGAGUUGGCCCGGAAUUUCCGCGAAGUCCCGCGCGAGGGCCUCGUAGUACCGUCGUUCAAUAAGGUGUAACAAUAGCUAUGUAAAAAUGUAAUCGGCCGCGCGAGUCGACGUCCUUUGACACGUAUCUACUUAAACGAUCGACGUUGACCGCGUAGAGGUGCGUUUUAGGAGACCGAUGGAUUUCCUUUCAUUCGUAUCGGAAGAGGGUCCGUAGACGCGAGAUACAUCCACCCUCCCAAGACGCCUGGCCAGCCUUAUUAUUAUACAUUGUGAAUACUUGACGGUAGCGCGCCAACUGUCCCCAGCAGUACUGACUUUCUUUAUAUAAGUAUAAAUAUUUGUGUAAAUAUUUAUGAACUUUUAAACGAUCCAUAGGUGUCCUAGGGCUCUGUCGCAUCGGUUAAAACGCGAGAGCUGCUCGCUCGAGCCACGAUUUUUCGUAUCCCUAUUCCUAUAACCGUUUGCGGAAACGUUUGGUUUUAUGGAGGCGGUUUUCACGCUUAAGCCGGUACACCAGAGUCGGGUGCAGAAACUCUUGAAUUUUUUAUAAUUUGUUAUUUAAUGUAAUGAAUGUUAUUGAAAAAUGUUCUCUUUAUUAUAUAAAUGUUGUAAGAACCUUUAUGUUUCUUUUGGUAUUACUAACGUAUAAGCUUACCUGGUAAAUUAAACAUUUUUCUAUCACGAC